UGGAGCUUCCUUCCUAGAGCCAGGCGUCUUGCUUAGCUGCAGUGCAGGAUCCGGCAGUUUUCCUGCACAGGGCACCCGAGCUGAGGUAGUAUAAAAUGAAAAGAUUCAUAAUUGAGAAGAUCCACUUGGAGAUUCCAAAUAUUGGCCUCGCACAGGUUUGUGCCAUUUUAUGAAAGAUUAUAAAGUCUGCCCAUUCUGUCUAGCUUUGAGAGGGCGGAGCUAGGGCCCUGGGAGUCCUGGCACUACCUUCCCAAAGCUGGUAAGUGAUUUCCCAUCAUUGGGAAUGAGGGAAGGGCUCUAGGACCCCGCCAGAGCCCUGGAUAUUCCUUCCCAGAUCCAGAGCAGUGCCAGCAGUUUAGCAUGCCAGCAGUUUUCUUGCACGGGGCACCAAGCCUGGGGUGGCAGAAAAUUGAGAAGAUCCAUUUGGAGGCAGAGACCCGGAAUUUCCUUACAGAGCUGGAGCAGGGUGCGGAGCAGAGGUGGCACAAAAUUGAGAAGAUCCACUUGAGGAGAGUGCCCAUACUUCCUGCCAGAGCAAUGCCUGCAGUUUUCCUGCACAUGACGCCAAGCCUGAAGUACCCCAAAACUGAGAAGAUCAAUUUCGGGGUAACAAAUACUGGAAGCCUAGGUAUUCUCCCCCACGCCAACCACUCGGUACAAGAAAGCCAUAUAUCUGGAAUACACAGAUUCUACCUUCACACAAACAAAACCCAAGCCUGCUUGGAUGGGUCUUCUGGGCCCUACCAUCCGAGCAGAAGUUCAUGACAAGGUGGUCGUUACCUUUAAGAAUCUGGCUUCCCGUCCUUUCAGCAUCCACGCCAUAGGGGUGUCCUACUGGAAAGCUUCAGAGGGGGCAGGUUAUGAUGAUGCAAGCAGCAGGCCAGAGAAAGAAGACGAUGCUGUGGAGCCUGGCCAGACUCAGACUUACGUGUGGGACGUCUUAAAAGAUCAAGGUCCAACCGGGUCUGACCCACAGUGUUUGACUUAUGCCUACUCCUCUCAUGUGGACAGUGUCAAGGAUAUUAACUCUGGCUUGAUUGGGGCCCUGCUGGUUUGUCAGCCAGGGACCCUGAUGAGUGAAGGAAUUCAAAGCAUAGUGCAAGAAUUUGUGCUACUCUUUGCAGUGUUUGAUGAAGGCAAAAGCUGGUAUUCUGAAUCCAACACCUUAGGAAAUGCUCUGUCCCCUGAGCUGCACACUAUCAAUGGAUUCAUGAAUCUCUCCCAGCCUGAUUUCAAGGUGUGCCAGAACAGACUGGUCUACUGGUAUGUCAUUAGUUUGGGCACCAAACCUGAAGUCCACUCCAUUUUCUUUGAGGGCCACACUUUCCUUGUGAGACACCAUCGGCAUACUACUCUGGACCUCUCCCCAGCUACUUUUCUCACUGCCGAGACAAUGCCCACAACCAUCGGCAUAUUUCAGAUGUUCUGCCAGAUCCCAUCACACCAGCAAGCUGGCAUGGAAAUCUUAGUUACGGUAGAAGUCUGUCCAAACCUACCCAUGAAGAAGAUGAGGGUGGCGGAAGGGGACUACGUGGAUGAAGAGGACUACUUGGAAUACAGUGAGGCCGAUAUGGAAAGCACAGUGAUCCAAAUGGGUGAUUCUCCACCCAGGAUUACAGGCCGUUCCCGUGCCAAGAGGCAGCCUAUGACCUGGAAACAUUAUAUAGCAGCAGAAGAGGUUGUUUGGGACUAUGCUUCAGAUAACUCCACUUAUUUAUCCAGUGCUUACGCCAAACAGUUUCUGGAACAUGGUCCCCAGAGGAUUGGCUCCAAGUAUAAGAAAGUCGUGUUUGUGGAGUACGAGGAUGCGAAUUUCAAGAGGCGGAAGGCAUCGAAACCAGACCACAUGGGGAUUCUAGGGCCGGUCCUUAAAGGAGAAACUGGUGAUGAGUUUAUGAUUAUGUUCAAGAAUCUAGCCAGCCGGCCGUACAACAUUUACCCCCAUGGCAUCACCAGUGUCACUUCCUUUUACCCCAUGAGAAGCAGCAAACAUCACGUUAUGAAGCUCUUGCCCAUUCGACCUAACCAGGUGUUCACCUACAGGUGGAAGAUAAUGCCUGAGGAUGGCCCAACCAACUCAGAUCCCCGCUGCCUGACUCACUACUAUUACAGCUCUAUCAAGCCUGCUCGGGAUUUAGCCUCUGGGCUAAUUGGACCACUGCUGAUCUGCUUCAAAGAGACCAUGGACCGGAGAGGGAAUCAGAUGAUGUCAGAUGAAGCAAGAUUUGUGCUGUUUUCUGUCUUUGAUGAAAACCUCAGCUGGUACUUGGAGGAGAAUAUCAACCAAUCCUGUUCUGAUGCAGCCAAUGUCAACCCCCAGGAUCCUGAGUUCUAUGCUUCCAACGUUAUGCACAGUAUAAAUGGCUACGUUUUUGAUAAUCUGCACUUCAAGAUUUGCCAAAACAAAGUUGUGUAUUGGUACAUCCUCAGUGUAGGUUCCCAGACUGAGUUUCUGUCCGUCUUCUUCUCCGGGAAUACUUUUCAGCACAACACAGUCUUUGAAGAGACCCUCACGCUCUUUCCCCUCUCUGGAGAGACUGUCUUCAUGUCCAUGGAGAAACCAGGCACAUGGAUAUUGGGAUGCUUGAACCCAGACUUCAGGAGGCAAGGAAUGAGAGCCACGUUCACUGUUUCCAAAUGCCCCAAUGAAAUGGAAUAUGAUUACUCUUAUGAAUUAAUACCAGAAGGUGAACUAAAUGAAGCCAAUGUCUUGCAACCAAGAGGCUUCCCCAGGAAAAGCAGGCCUGUCCAGCCUUGCCUAAAGAAGCAUGGAGAUGCAGAAAAUGAAAUGCAGAAGACCAACCACCAUUUUGCUCCUUGUCGUGAAACCAAUAAGCUUUUUAAAUUAAACAAGAAAAAGAAUCCUACUGACUUGCCGUCACCUCCUGGAGAGUCCUUAUAUCAAGAUAACAUUUCUUUACCUUCUUCCCAAGAUGACCUUGUUAAGCCCACUGAUGCCUUUCCAGCAGAAGAAGAACCAUCAACUAUACUCAAGCAAAGUUUCCAACAGCAUUCUUUCACAGGAAACUCUUCUCUCUCAUGGAAAGAGUCUCAUCUUAAUAAGAGUGUGUUAGAAACUGCAACCAGCCUGGGUAACGAGACUCUUCCCUUUGGGACAUUCAGCCCACUUGAAGGAGCUGGGAUGGUCCGAGAGAAAUCAGAUAAACAGGAGGCAGUGGAGAUCAUGAAGCCUCAUUCAGCCCCUCCAUCGGAAAAGGUGGAGGCAAUUGCUGAAGACCCUGUUACCAGCAUUCAGUCAAAGGGGUUGCAGGAUGGGAUGGGCCUUGCAGAAAGACUGACCUUGAAUGUGAAAAGACUCCCUCGUAAAACUGACAGUAAUUUAACACAACAAAAUGACGUAUAUCCAGAUUCCAGAUUUUCUGAAAGAGCUUCGCUUGAAGAUGUAAACACAGUUAACACAGUUGAAGGGCAUAACGCUGUAUUGUUGAUGCCAGAUACAACAUUGAAUGAGAAAGUAGGACUGCAAAUAUCUACUGCAGCUAUAGGAAGUCAAGGCCCUUUUACAUCUGUAAGUGAAGACUUCCUUCAUGGCAAAAAUAGUGCACAUACAGCCUCUCAUGACAAAGUACAUGAGACAACAUCUCCAGCAAAGCGUUUUCAGGGUCAUGAGACAGAGAUGGUUGACACAGCUACUAGAGGCCCAGAUAAUUUGAAGGAACAUGCUUCUUUAUUUGCACAGAAUGGUGAGCAAGUGGCUCCAAACAGAUUGACUAACAACCCAAAUAUUCUAGAGAACUCUGACUAUACUAAUGACAUUCUGGAGAGUAAUGAUAGAUUCUCUACACAUCCAUUUCACACUAGUCAAAGACCAGACAGCUCAGCACUCCAAGAAGGUUUCCAAGAAACUAGCCAAAAUAAGGAUUUUGGGGGGAAAGAGAAUAAAGCUUUGCUCAUUGUUGAUGCCACCACAAACAGAAUCUGGAACCCAAAUUCCCAUGGAUUGCUGAGUAGUUUGUUGCUUCCUAAAACAAGUUUAUCAGAAAAAGAGGAUGCUUUUCAUCAAGGGGAGUCACCUCCAUCACAGCUAGUUGACCUGGGAAAUGACACAAAUUCUAAAGAGUUUGUAAGAAAGGGGGAGAUAAAGCUACAACCAGAACCAGAAAUUCAGAGCCAUGAAAAGUCAUCAGAUGGGAUGAGGUUGCAGCCCUGUCAUCUGGGUCCUCAUGGAUGUGGUGGUCACUUGGAAAAGAGGUCUCUGAAAUCACACCAGGCCACGUUGGAAGAAAGACAUGCUGUACCAGCAAGGGAAAUGAAGAGUUCUGAAAAAGCUGAAGAAAGAGCUCAGGCUUUGCUCAAUGGUAACUUCUUCAAGUUAAACAAUAAGGCCAAGGCUUCUAUAAUAAAGGCACCUUUGGCAGAUGGAGCUACAAGAAACCAACAAGCAACCACACUUGGCAAGACAACUGCUUCAUCUUCUCUGUUCACCUCAGUCCAGUCCAGUCCAGCCCCACACUCCCUGAACUUUCCUGAUUCCCAACAGACUUGGAGAGGAGCCAGUUUGUCUCACGAAGUAGAGGAUGAAGGGGGUGCAGCUGACACCAUUUCUGGUUAUCCCAGAACUCUUGGGCACAGUAGUAUGGAAGCUAAACCUGGACUGGCCCCCACCAUCUUUGCAGGAGGACAAAUAAAAGGUGCUGGCUCUGUUCUCCAUAAGACAAAUGAGGCUGGACUUCCUGCAAUUCCAGAGGUUCCUGUUAUGUCUCACAGUGAUCCAGAAAUAAAAAGGGAGAAGACUGAAAAUUCUGAAAGAUGGGCCUCAGCAGAAAACGAUCUGGACUCUCAAGGUCACCUAGCUGUCAAUCGUCCCUUUCAAGAGCAGCUGUGGGAGGAAGCAGAUAGACAAAAGGAAAUCCAUAGCGAAGGAGGGGACGUUCGUUCCAUAAGUGGCAAUAUUCAAAAAUUUGAAAGGAGGAAAAGAGUAGAAGAAAUUGGAGCCCCAGUGCAUGGAUUCAGCAAAGGUGAGAGUAGGACCUCAGGAGCCAAGGUCCAUAUGGAGGUCUCCAUGGCACCGACCGACCUCAAAGGAUCUAUGGUGACAAACUCCUCAAAGACACUGAAUCGAGCAUCUGACUAUGAUGAUUACAGCAAUUCUGAGGACAAGCAAGAAUUUGAUAUAUAUGGGGAAGAUGACCAGGAUCCACGUACUUUCACUGGCAGAGUCCGACAGUACUUCAUUGCUGCAGUGGAGGUGAUGUGGGAUUAUGGGAACCAACCAUCUUCACCAUAUCUAAGAGACAAGGAUCUGAAGAACAGCUGGAAGAAGCCAUCCAGGCAGUACAAGAAAGUAGUUUACCAAGAGUACCUGGACAGCUCUUUCACUCAGCCACAGGUCCGUGGAGAAUUGGAAGAACACUUGGGCAUCUUGGGACCAUACAUCCGAGCACAGGUUGAUGAUGUCAUCAUGGUGACUUUCAAGAAUCUGGCUUCCCGACCGUAUUCAUUCCAUUCUAACCUGCUGCCCUAUGAAGGAAAUGGGGAGGAAGUAGAGCAGCCCAUCCAGGACUCUGUGCAGCCGGGGGAGGUCCGAGAUUACUCCAUCAAGGUGUUGUCACACAUGGCUCCUACAGCCAAUGAGUUUGACUGCAAGGCAUGGGCAUAUUUCUCCAGUAUUAGCCUGGAGAAAGACCUACACUCUGGUCUUGUUGGACCUCUGAUUAUCUGCCGCCCUGGAGUACUGAGCACAGCAUACAGAAGGCAGCUGGCUGUCCAGGAAUUCUCCUUGCUCUUCACCAUCUUUGAUGAGACCAAGAGCUGGUAUUUCGCUGAGAACCUUGAGAGGAACUGUCUGCAUCCCUGCCACAUCCAGACAGAUGAUCCUGCCUUUAAAGCAAGCAAUUCUUUCCAUGCUAUCAAUGGUUAUGUCAGAGACAGUCUACCAGGACUAGUGAUGGGUCAGCACCAGAGGGUGCGGUGGUAUCUGUUGAAUGUGGGUGGUGCCAAAGACAUCCAUUCUGUCCACUUCCAUGGGCAAGUGUUUACCAUCCGAACGGCCCAGGAGUACCGAUUAGGAGUCUACAACCUCUAUCCUGGUGCCUUUGAGACAGUGGAAAUGAGCCCAUCCCACCCUGGGAUUUGGCAGGUGGAAUGUAUGGUUGCUGAGCAUGAGCAGGCUGGGAUGAGUGCCUUCUUCCUAGUGUACGACCAGCGGUGUCAAAUUCCUCUGGGCCUAGCUUCUGGCUACAUCGCAGACUCACAGAUCACAGCUUCAGAACACUAUGGUCAAUGGGUCCCCAGCCUGGCCAGGCUUGACAAGUCUGGUUCGAUCAAUGCCUGGAGUACUGCAGAAAAGAACGCUUGGAUCCAGGUAGACCUGCUACGACAACAGAUCAUCCAUGGGAUAAAGACACAAGGAGCCCGGCAGAAGUUCUCCAGCCUCUACAUCUCCCAGUUUGAGAUAUUCUACAGUAGUGAUGGAGAGAAAUGGAAGUGUUAUAAAGGCAAUGCCACCAGCUCCAAGAUGAUAUUCUUUGGGAACGUGGAUGCAGCAGGUGUGAGAGACAACAGCCUUAACCCUCCCAUUGUAGCCCGCUAUAUCCGUCUCCACCCGACACACUUCAGCAUCCGCAACACAUUGCGCAUGGAGCUCAUCGGAUGCGACCUGAACAGCUGCUCUAUGCCACUAGGAAUGGAAAGCAAUGCUAUCACCAAUGAGCAGGUCUCAGCUUCUUCCUACAUCAGCAAUGUGCUUUACACUUGGUCCCCCUUUCUGGCCCGGCUUAACUUGAAUGGGAGAGUCAAUGCUUGGAGACCAAAGGUUGACAGCUCAGCGGAGUGGCUUCAGGUGAACUUUCGUAAGACCAUGCGGGUGACUGGGUUGAUGACUCAAGGUGCAAAGUCUGCCUUCACCAAAAUGUUUGUGAAGGAAUUUUCUCUUUCGAGCAGCCUGGAUGGCAAGCACUGGGCCUCUGUCCUACAAGGCGGGAAAGAGAAGAUUUUCCAGGGAAACCAAGAUCAUUUCAGCCCAGUGGUGAACCUCCUAGACCCUCCACUAUUUGCUCAAUAUUUGAGGAUACACCCUGUUCGCUGGAAUAACCACAUUGCACUGAGAAUGGAGUUUUUGGGCUGCGACACCCAGCAGAUGGCCUAGCCUGGAUGCACCUGCACUUUUGCCAAUGCAGCGAACUUUCAGCAGCCCUUGUGCAAGCCACCCACGCCAUGCCAGCUGGAACAAGCUUAUAUCAGUGACAUUUGAGCAAAGUGAUUUCUGUCACCCAUAUAUUUUUGAUAAUGUUUUUGUAGCGUAAGAAACAAAAAUCAUUGUAAGGCUCAUGCUUCUGCACCGAUUACUGGAAACAUAUUGUUUCUUGCAAUACGUACCUGCAUCGUGGUUCUUAGGGCUAAACUAGGGGUAAUAUUAACUAUGUGUUUGCAAUUAAUGUGUCUAGUUGUUGUUGUUGUUUUUUAAAAAAAGCAGUUGUUUAUGAGUGUGGGCCGGGAGAUCAGGAUUGGAUCUAUGGCACACGAGGAGGAGGUAAAAUGAUGGUUCUCCAUGCUGCAGUGCUGCAGCCCUCAAAAAAGAGCUCUUAUUCACCCAAUGAUGAAAGCUUCUUAUGAUGCCAGAGGCAACUUCUCACCUGGAAUGAAUGGCGAUUCUGAGAGAGUGAGAUGUCCCAUAAUGAGCAUGGUCUUCACUGGGGGCCCCAUGGCUGCUUUUGAAAUUUUAAAAAACUAGACAUGUGAAUUUAAAUCAUGUAAUCAAUGCCAUAUUAUUUGGUUUGCUUGCUGUAAUUUUAAUCACAGUUACUUGGAAGUAAGGCCCACAGAAGUAUGUGCAUCCUAUUUUGGUCCACACAUGCAUAGAAUUAAGGUGAGUAAAAUAAGGAAAUAUUUUCUAGCAUCAGUGUUAUGAGAAAAAUAUAAAAAUCCAUUGAAAUAUAAAAUGUGAAUGAGUCCUAAAUAGACAGAAAUAGAUAUAGUCAGUAGAACAGGGAUAGCCCCCCACCCCCGCCCAACCCCUGAUGCUGUUGUACUUUAAUUCAUAUCACUCCCAGCUAAUGGUCAGGAAUGAUGAGAGUUGUAGUCCAGCAACAUCUGGAGGGCCACAGGUUCUCCACCCCUGAAUUAGAAUUUGUUACAUAAGAAUAUAAGAAGAGCCCUGCUGGAUUAUACCAAAGGUCAGUCU